UUUUUUUUUUUUCAACUUAUCUAUUAUUAAAACCAAAAAUGUUGCGCUCUCUUCUUAAGCAAUCUUCAGCCCUUCGUAAUAUCACCAAGCAAAGUGCCAGUUUGGCCACUUGCACUCGUCAAAUCCGUGGUGCGCAAGCUUCCUUAAUUGAAGCUAGUGAAGAAUCUUUCCAAGCUACCAAUAAGUUAUAUACUGUUCGUCCUGUUGCUUUUUGGAUGGAUAAGAUUCUUGAAAAAGAAAACAAGAGACCUCUAAAUGUCUCAUCUACCCAAUAUCAACACGCUUCUGUAAACAAGACCAUGUCUGACAGUUAUAUGGAAGAAUACCUGCCGUUUAAAUCAUCCCCUACCUUGUUGGAUGAAUACAUUACCACAGGUGGAAAAGUCAGAAUUGGAAAGAUUCUUGAAGAUUUGGAUGCAUUGGCUGGCGCAAUCUCUUACAAGCACAUGGAUACCUUUGUUGACAGCCCUCCUCUUACCGUUGUCACAGCUAGCGUUGAUCGUAUGGAAUUACUCAUGCCUAACACUGUUGAAGAUUUCAAAUUAUCUGGCCAUGUUGCCUAUGUCGGUAAAAGCAGUAUGGAAGUUUUUGUCAAAUUGGAGACUAUCCCCCAAUAUGAUCCCGCUACUGUCGAAUCCUCCGAAUUUCCCCCCAACGAUUUCAUUGCUAAGCCUACUCCUAACACAGUUUUGUUUGCUCGUAUUACAAUGGUAGCGGUAGAUUCCGCCACAGGAAAAUCUGUACGUGUCAACCCCCUUAUUACUCGGAACGACGAAGAAAAGAAGAUUUCUGAAUAUGCUCAAGAUUGUAAAUCACGUAAGCGACUUGCAGGUGAGUCUGCUCUCAAUAAAGCUCCCCCUACUGCCGAUGAGCGUUUGACUCUUCAUGACAUCUAUAUGAAAUAUUCUGACAAGGAAGUCGCUCCUGAAAAUGCUGUUUGGAUGGAAGAUAUGACAAUGCAAAGUGUUUUCUUAAUGCAACCUCAGGAUCGUAAUAUUCACAACAAGGUAUUUGGUGGUUACUUAAUGAGACGUGCUUACGAGCUUGCUCAUGCUACUGGUUCUGUCUUUGCAAAGUCUCAAGUCAGUCUUUUAUCAUUGGAUGAAAUUGUAUUCAAAAAGCCUGUUCCUGUUGGCUCCUUGUUAAACUUGCAUUCUCAAAUUAUUUAUUCUCAAGGUGAACCCAGCAAGACGUUCCAGGUCAGUGUCACUGCUGAAGUCACUGAUGUUGAAACCGGUACCACUGAUCUUACCAACACAUUCCAUUUCUCCCUUGCUUCCAAGGAGAAGCCUCUUCGUCAAAUCUUGCCAAGAACAUAUUCCGAGAGUAUGAAAUAUAUUGAAGGCAAGAGAAGACGCGAACACGGCGAUGAAGCAAAGACUCAGUUGUUAAGUCUGAUGUGUAAUAACAGCAACUAAAUUCUGACAAGAUAAAUACCCUCAUAGACAGCCUUUUUUAUUUUAAUUCUCCUGACAUUUCAUUAUCUAUAUUAUUUUCAUUACAAUAUUUCAUUUUUAUUUAAACACCAUCACAUCCAUUUAAAUAAAUAUUUUUUCAUAACCACAAA